AUUUUUUUUUUCCUUCAUACAGUACUCUGCAUUUAUUAAUCUUCUGAUAGUGGUUUUGUUUAUAUCUGUGCUCAAUUAUUAUUUUGAUAUAAUAUGAUAAAACUUAAAACUAAAAUUUCUGAAAUUAACCAUCUUAAUGUAUAACCUCUGUGUGUUUAACUUUUAACUAAAACAAGUUAAACUUAUUUUUAGUUAGUUCCUUCCUCAAUAUUAAAACUUGCUACUAGUAUUAAAACUAUCUAACAGUGUAGUUAAAAUGUCAAUUUGGUAAUUCACCUGUCUCAGUUACAAAACUAAUUAUUGCCUUAUCAUUAAUAACCACACCAAAAUGCUAUUUGUGGUAAAAUACUAAAUUCUUGAUUUAACACAAUGGGCAGAACCGUAAUAUCCACACCAUUCAAGAAAUUUGUCCGCCAAAAAGAUAAAUUAAUAUUUUGAAAAGAAAAAAGUCAAAUACACCUCUCUCUCUCUCUACUCUUGAGUCGUGACUGUGGAAGAGAACAGAGAGCAUAACUUUAUAUCAGCCGAUUUUUUUCAAAUUACUUACCUUUUGCUCUCACUAAAGCCAUGCUCUUUUACCUUUAUAGUGUUAUCUAAAACUCUUUUGGUGUUUUGCAAAAGAAACCAGUUUUCAAAGUUCAAAUUUUGUUUGUUUUUAAAAAUGGAGAAUUUAGUGAAGAGCUGCGCAGGGAUCGAGAAGAAAAGAAGCAAUUUGACUCAUUCGGAGGAAGAUAUGGUAACAGAGUCAAAGGAGAGAAGCAGCACGAGCGUAUCGAGCUACGAGGGUUCCUCCGGCACCACCGUCGCUUCGUCUUCUCCACCAUCACAACCGUCGCAGAUUCUGGGUUGGCCGAUAAGAAAAGCUUCAUUUCGUAAGAAUUCCAAGGAGAAUGUUAAUUUGGAUCAUAAGAAAUCUACCCUUCACGAUGAUUCUGGGUUUCAAGGAAAAGAGAUGAAUUUUGCAGACGUGGAUAUGAUGAAGGAGAGAUUUGCAAAGUUGUUGCUUGGUGAAGAUAUGUCAGGUUCUGGUAAAGGUGUGUGUACAGCUUUAGCCAUCUCCAACGCCAUCACCAAUCUCUGUGCUACGAUUUUUGGGCAACUAUGGAGAUUAGAGCCACUUUCAAGUGAAAAGAAGGAGAUGUGGAGAAGGGAAAUGGAGUGGAUUCUUAGUGUUAGUGAUCACAUCGUUGAGUUAACACCUUCAACGCAAACUUAUCCAGACGGCAACAAGUUUGAGGUCAUGACUUGUCGACCAAGAUUUGAUCUUUUCAUCAAUCUCCCGGCUCUUCGUAAACUAGACAAUAUGCUUCUCGAUAUAUUGGCGAGUUUCAAGAAAACCGAGUUCUGGUAUGUUGAUCAAGGUAUUGUUGCUUCGGAAAACGAUGGCUCAGCUUCUUUCCGCAGAAAGAUUCAGCGUCAAGAGGAGAAGUGGUGGUUGCCUGUUCCCCGUUUAGCACCUAAUGGUCUUACUGAAGAAGCAAGAACAGAAUUGAAUCACAAGAGGGAAUGUGCGACGCAGAUACUUAAAGCUGCAAUGGCCAUUAACAGCCUUGCUUUAACCGAAAUGGAUGUUCCUGAAACAUACCUUGAAACUCUUCCAAAGAAUGGUAGGUCCUGCCUUGGGGAUGUUAUCUACAGGUACAUAACAUCUGAUAAAUUUUCUGCGGAGUGUCUUCUCGAUUGCCUUGAUCUGUCCUCUGAGCAUAUUGCUCUUGAUAUUGCAAACCGUGUGGAAGCUUCGAUAUAUGUUUGGCGGAGAAGAGUUCAAACAAAACUUGGAGUCAACAACAAUAAUACUUCAAGCACUACUCCAAAGUUAACAUGGGAAAUGGUCAAAGAGCUAAUGGCUGCUGGUGACAAAAGGGGAUUGCUUGUGGAGAGAUCCGAAACUCUCUUACGUUGCUUGAAGCAGCGGUUUCCAUCUCUAACGCAGACUUCUCUAGACAUUAGCAAGAUUCAAUGGAACAAGGAUAUUGGGAAAUCAAUCCUCGAAAGCUACUCAAGGGCUUUGGAGAGCUUAGCAUCAAACAUCAUUGCACGAAUCGAUGAUUUACUCUACGUGGACGACUUAACAAAGCAAUCAGAUGAUAACAAUCUGUUGUCAAGUCCAGCGGUCAGCAGCAUUAUAGCUCACAAGAAAGUAGUACCACUCCCUUAUAUAAUAUCUGCAUCAGGAACUCCAUACAGAACAAGCUUCUCAACAACACCAGGCUUCUCUCCUUCAAUGAUUAGCCCCAAGAAAGGAGAGAGGAGGACACCUUACUCCAGCAGAGACACUAACAAAAUCAUUGAGAAAGGUCUUCCUUCUCGAGGAUUUGGAGUGAGAAGAGUCUUGAACAAUUAUCUUGGCAUGGAAUCGAAACUGAAAAUAUGCGUGAAUCCGUCAGAUAAUGCAGAUACAGCUGUGAUUUGCAAAGAAGGUGGAGAAGAGAAGAAAAGAAAUUCAAUAUCAGUCCAUCAAAAGGGUCCUCCAAAGUACACAGUCUCUUAAGAGCUAAUAAAAGAAACACGGUGUAUAAUUUAUGCAGACAUGGAUUGAUUUGUUUGAUAUUACUUGUAGUUUUUGUCUUAUUUCGAAUGGUAAAGUGUCUACCUUUGCAAACCAAAUCAGAUCAAAAUAUACAAAAAUAAGAGUAGUCGUAA